CAUAAAAUCAGUCGCCAUCUUUGCUUCAACCUUUCAAUCGCUCUACAGAUUUGCGGGCGUUUCAUCGCCGUUUUUCAAUGUUUUGCUCAAAUAAAUCGUUACAUUUUCGUUGUAAAGCCACAUAAAACCUUUGCGAUAGUUUGUGUAAGUGAUAAGUGCGAAAAUGAGCUUUUUCGGGUUCGGACAGACUGCGGAUAUUGAAAUCGUAUUUGAUGAUGCUGACAAACGGAAGGUUGCCGAAGUGAAAACGGAUGAUGGCAAAAAGGAGAAGUUGUUGCUGUAUUACGACGGUGAAACCGUUUCGGGAAGAGUGAACGUCACUCUGAGGAAACCCGGGUCGAAACUUGAACACCAAGGCAUCAAGGUCGAGCUUAUAGGUCAGAUAGAAUUAUUCUACGACAGAGGUAAUCAUCAUGAAUUUAUAUCGCUAGUGAAGGAGCUGGCCCGCCCCGGUGACUUGUUACAGCACACUUCGUAUCCAUUCGAGUUCGCUAAUGUAGAAAAACCUUACGAAGUUUACACGGGCGCUAACGUCAGGCUAAGGUAUUUCCUAAGAGCCACGAUCGUGCGUCGCCUCACUGAUGUCGUCAAGGAGGUGGACAUCGCUGUUCACACGCUAUGCAGCUACCCAGAUGUUCUUAACUCAAUAAAGAUGGAAGUAGGCAUUGAAGACUGCCUGCACAUAGAAUUUGAGUACAACAAAUCAAAAUACCAUUUGAAAGAUGUAAUUGUCGGCAAAAUCUAUUUCCUUCUUGUCCGCAUUAAAAUUAAACAUAUGGAAAUAUCAAUAAUUAAAAGGGAAACAACAGGUUCUGGGCCUAACACAUUCACUGAAAAUGAAACAGUUGCAAAGUAUGAAAUUAUGGAUGGGGCCCCUGUUAGAGGGGAGAGCAUUCCUAUAAGAGUCUUUUUAGCUGGUUAUGACCUCACACCAACCAUGAGAGAUAUAAACAACAAGUUCUCUGUACGGUACUACCUAAAUCUUGUGUUAAUGGACACAGAGGAUCGCCGCUACUUUAAGCAACAAGAAGUCACACUAUGGAGGAAGAGUGACAAGUCUAGACUGCCAUUACAUAAUGCACAUGUGCCGCAAACAUUGUCCCAUCCGAGUCAUCCGAUGCCAAGACAGUUGAGUGCUUCUAGUGAAGACAACUCAAACAGAGCCAUAUCUCCAUCCAACCCCAACCUGAUGCAGAGGUCCAUCUCUCCCUCCAUGAAUGAUGAAGAUAAGCAGAAUGGCCCUUCUGAAAUGGAGCAAGAACAUCCUGAUGUCAUAACAAACAAAAUGUCCAACACGCACAUUGAAAAUAACCAGCUAGGUGAAGAAGAAAUUGAUGAUGAGUCUGCCCCAUUAGCGGAGAAACAAAUAAUACCUGAAAAGCCACUGGUAGCAGAGAAACCUCAGGUGGCUGAGAAGCCAGUGAUAGCUGAGAAACCAGUCCUAAACCGGCCUGAAAGUGACGCUAGUCCGAGUCAAUAGCCGAUAUGUAAAUGCGCGGUCGACUCGACAGGCGCCGACGAUAUGAACUAUUUGUUUUCGUACUUGAAAACUAUCAUAUAAAUAAAUAUAAAGGAUUGUAGUUGUAUUAACUUUUCAUGUGGUACCAUCAGACAUGGUUUGUAGGCUACAAGGAAAAGUUGGUACAACUGUGACCCAUACAGAAAUUGUUGUAGAAUUCAGGAUUUCUAUUAUUAAAAUGUUGAGCUGUAUAAAUCGAAAUUAUUGACAUAGUGACUGUCAGCAUCAAAUGGAAUAUGGGCUCUUAAUGUAAGUGUACAUUGCUAUCAUUGCAAAAAUACUUGCUGGAAUAUCUUGAGAUAUCUGUUAUACUAUAUGUAAGUUAGUGUCCAAAAUAGAACCUUGUUGCAGCUGUGUAAAGAACAUUUUAGCAUAAUACAAGUUGUCUGAAAGGCCUUUGUUUUUGCAUGUAAAGGCUUAUUAUUUUAAUUCAAAUAGAAUGUGCUUGUUUAAGCAUUUUAAUUAUUACAAUUGUGAAUUUAUUUGAGUUCAAGUGACAUUUAAGGUAUGGCAAUAUUUUUUAACUGAACCAAAUUAAAUACAUCAUGUUAAUCUGUGGAUUAUUAACCACAGUGAAAUUAUAAUAUAAGUUAUUAUUGUUUUAAUUGCAUUGUUGUGUAUACAUAGAAUGAAUUCUACAUUGGAAGCAGUACAAUGUCUAGGUAUCUGUUAUUGUCACAACACUUAUCACUGGUUCAAAGCAAAUGUAACUAAACCUCACAGCAAUUGUGUCAUUUUAUUUAUCUGUAAUUGUUUUAUAUGUACAAUAUCUCAAGCUAAAAUAGUGUUUGUCCAUUUAAACAGUAGGAAUAAACAGAUUUUUUUAAAGUUAACAAGUUAGAUAAUGAUUUAAUUUUGAUGACUGCACAGAGGGUAAAAAGUGUAAAAAUGUAAUAUAGCCAACUUGAUUAGCAUUUAGAUAUAUGCUUUUCCAGUAUUCUGAGACUCUAACAUUGUUUUUUCACUAUUUUUAUUUUAGUGUACUAAGUAAACAGCCCACAUUUUAGGUAGGUACAUCAAUGGAGUGCAUUAGUAAAAAAAAAAUUAUUAAACAUUUGUCUCAAAUUAGGCAAUGUGCAGCUUUUUAUAUUACAUACAUUGUUUCUAAUUUCGCCAGAUAGAUUGUUUUCAUAGAAAAUUAUCAAAAGUGUGACUAUACUUAGUGUGUAUAUUAAAAUUAAAAGAUGUAACUCUAAGAAUAUUUGAAAAGUCAAAAUUGUAGGUGUCGGAAACUAUAAUACGUGGAAACUUUUAAUUUUAUUUUAGGACAAUGCUUCAUAAUAUAUUCUAGUUACGUAAUGCGUGAUGUAUUUUGAUGAUUUUUUAUUUGUUUGCAUAUCAGGAUCUGUCAAUGCUUAUCAUUUUAUGAACAUUAUUAAUUUUACAGUAAUUCAUGAGUCUGAUUUUAGGUAUAUAUUACUAGCCAGUUCUACCAAAUUAGUUUUAUACAGUAUGAUUCAUUGUAGAAUGAAAUGGUAUCAUAAUCACCGUAGGUACACGUCCACUGCUAACUACGAUUUGUAUACAGAAGAGAUACCAACCACGUCACCUCCAUAGUUUUGAAUAUGGUUAAUCAACGUAUGGAAUACGAAUUCACGCCAGCUCAAUAUUUAAUUAAUUGUUAAAACCGCUAUCGACAAAUUAGGGCGUGAUUUCUGCUAUUGUUAUUGUUUAAAAUAUUAUUUUUAAAGUUGAUAGUAACAACGCUUUACCAUUACUGGACUUUUUACAUUGCCAGUGAUUUUUUUUACAUAAGUUACACCGGUUUCAGGUCAGCUUUGUAAAAAAAUGAUAUUGCGAUCCUUUCAAGAAACGCUCGUAAAAGUAUCGUUAGCGAAGUUCUGUCCGGUAAUAUUUCUUCAUUUGUAACAAUAAACCACGGAGCGAGAUGUCUCCCGCCUCGUACGACAAAUUUUAUUAUAAAAGUGAUUUGUUAAAGCAAUUUUAAAGUGUUUGGGCUUUGUUAUUUGUACAUAUCAUUGCAUUGUUAAACAAUGCACGACCAUAGAUUGUAUCUACAUCAAUUUAUUUCAAUUGAACCCGUCAAGAGAGCAGUUUGUAUCAAUUGGAACUAUGUCACCAUAUUAGGAAACUAUUGUGAGACACUCGAUUCUGGCGCGGACGAAAAUAUUCUUCAAUGAACCUAAAGUAAUAAUUUUGAUACAGCUUCGAUAGUAACAACGUGAAUCUUAUAAGACAAAUGUCUGUAAAAAAUAUACUAAAAUAUUAUAUAUUGCGUAUAUAAUUAGUUUAAGUUUUAAAAAGUUUUACAGCCUGUGGGCACGCUGAAGGAAAUGCCUUAUUAUAUGCAUGCAAGAAAUAGAUCCAACCUAUUUUUAAAGGCUCUUUGUGCUGUCUAUGGAUAAUUUAUGUAGAUUCUAUCCAUUAUUUUUAUGUAAAUUAAGUAAAGUUACAAGUUAUUAAAAAUAUUGUGUUAUAUUAUAAUUGAUUGUUUGGUUUUAGUAUCACACUGUAUAAUAAAGAUAUCUUGUUUCUAUUGAGAUUAAGGCGGCAUGUCGAUUGUAACAUUAUUGUUAAUAAAAUAUAUAUGUAUAAAUUGCUGAA